ACGAACAAGUUAACAAACGCAAAGCGACGUUAACAAAUAGGACUGAUAAACGGUAGCGUUUGGCUCAUCGCCAAGCUACUUAAAAUUUGAACAAUACGUAACGCCUCGAAAAUCAAUACAGACGAUUCAUAACUUUGCACGAAACGUGCAUCUUAAUUCUAGCUCCUGUAACUCUCGGCAACAAGAUUAAAAUGAGCUUAAAUUUAUAAAGACGUUAAUAUGAAAUUUCAUCGUAACGAUGUAAACACUUUGCUGAUACUCUUAGCCAGCUUUCCAACAUUAUACGCUUAUUAUUAGUAUACAACAAUUACUGUUUCUUUCUCUUCUCCUUCGGGGAGACGUCAGCAUUUUUAUUUUAAACUAUCGAGUUAAGAAUUUGUGCUGAACAGACAAUUGCAUUUUUCUCAUUCUUUGAUUCUUACACUAUUCUUAUACCUAAUAAAUGGCGUGAUAAUAAUUUCAUCUCACACUCUUGUGUUUUCGUGAGUUAAAGGCUCAAUUGUGCGAUUUAAAAAUCUCAGUUGUACGUGAUUUUCAAGAUACAUUAUUUGUAACGAUGUACGGGACGUAAUGUAUUUCGCGCUGUGCUAGUGUCUGGACCAUUCACAAAGUUACGAGUAUUGAAGUUACGCGUUACUGAAUUCUUAAUACAUCAAGAGGUGUCUUUAUGCAUAUUUAACAACGCCUUGUUUACUCGGCGAUAAACUAGCCGCGAAAUUGACCAAUACGGUCGGCUAUUGUUACGUAGCACACGUAUUAAGUUUCCGGGAAGCACGACGGCGCGAUAAUACAUAUCGCUGGGACAGGGCAGUUUAUUCCUAUUGUUUUAACGUGAAAGUCAGCGCGCGACGAUGCGGCCGGCAAUUAAAAACUCCGUCAAACACCGCGUAUCUGAAGUUUAUUAAACACGGCCGCUCCUUCGUGGCCGCGUAGAAAUUCAAUUUAGUCGCAGCGAGGCCUCGCGCAGGAUUACGCGAUCGCGAGGCUCCUCUGUUCGGUGGAAUCGAGUCCCAACUACGUAAAUGGCACACGGGCACAUUUUUAUCUAGCCGCGACCGCAGCGUGCAAUCAGAGAAGCGCCCGUUGACUCGUGACGCUUCCGGUUCAGGCUUCCGGUCCACGGAACCGCACCGUUUCCGUUCGGCUGCCCAGCCCACCGAUCCCGACCGCCGAGCGUCGUGGUAUAUCGAGGCCCCACGUUCGAGGAGCGGUAUCGAGAUCAGUGCUAACGCUUCGUCACGAGAAUGCAAGGACGGAAUAUUUGCGCGCGCCAGGAUAAUUAGUUCCAAGUGGUAUUCGCCGUGGUUGCGGAGAAUCGAAUUGCCGUGCAUGUGAUCCGCGAGUAAUGUCGGUUAUUUAACCUACCGUACGAGUUGACGUGCGAGAUUAACGACCGGUUCAUUGUCUUGAAAAGUGCGCUAAUCGGCGGCUGCGAUACAGUAAUUUCAUGUGCGGGAAGGAAAGUUUGCAAUUUAUCGGCCAAUUUCGACGACAGUUAGAAUGCUGAGGAAUCGAAAAGAAUGGUAUUAGAAUGGUGAAACGUUAACAUAAUAAUUAAUUAGCGCCAUUGUGUCGUUAUAGUGAUCCAUUAAACGCGCGUAUAUUUUCAUUUUACUUUUUACAAAUUUGUCAUGUAUAUUUACGGAAAAAAGGGUCGUUUGCAAUUUAUAUUCAACGCACGGAAGCUAUAUCGUCUCCAUGCUUUACAGCAAUAUACUCCGCGUUAUCCCUAACGAGAAUGUGAAAUUCAUGUUGCGGGAUGAUAACAAAUGAGGCAUGCGUCGCCUCAACGUCCACGGUCGCAGCGGGACAAGGAAUUUAUUGUGAGGACGAUACCAAAAUUAAGGAUCACGAUGAUCGUCCGGCGCAACGUUUUCUGAUCUCGUCGGAGGUCCAGCCGGAUAAUUGCGGUCGAUCAUCGAGUGAGAGAAGUGGUAAUCGGCGCGCCAAGUGGAUGCGGCUGUAUCUGUGGCUGUGAUACGCGAAAAUGGCGGUUGCGCCCGGUAAGAAUAAAUUGAAAAUGGGCAGUGCGGGCCGAUACUACGGUGCUUAUCUCAUCUACGACGUGGCAAACUCAUGCCUCUCCGCCUUGCACGCCAAGAUGCCUCCUCCGGUCGUCGUCACGCGAACGAACCCUCCGUCUCCUGUGCACGUCCAGAACCCCCAACACUAUCACAUAUUUGUUGGGGACCUGAGCCCAGAGAUCGAGACACACACCUUAAGGGAAGCGUUCUCAGCCUUCGGAGAGAUCUCAGAUUGCAGAGUCGUCAGAGAUCCCCAAACCUUAAAGUCCAAAGGAUAUGGAUUUGUUUCGUUCGUCAAAAAGGCGGAAGCAGAGAGUGCCAUCGGCAACAUGAACGGCCAAUGGCUUGGUGGUAGAAGUAUUCGGACAAAUUGGGCCACCCGUAAACCUCCCGCACCUAAAUCCGAAGCGAAUGCGAAGCCGUUGACGUUCGAUGAAGUUUACAAUCAAAGUAGUCCGACCAACUGCACGGUAUACUGCGGCGGUUUAACCAACGGUUUAACAGAAGAACUCAUGCAGAAAACUUUCUCGCCCUUCGGAUCCAUCCAAGAAAUUCGAGUGUUUAAGGACAAAGGCUAUGCUUUUAUCAGGUUUUCUACCAAGGAGUCGGCCACGCACGCCAUCGUAGCGGUACACAACACAGACAUCAACGGCCAAACAGUAAAGUGCAGUUGGGGCAAGGAGAGUGGAGAUCCUAAUAAUGCUCAACAAACUGGACAGGCGUUAUCGUCGGCGACGUACCCAUACUACGCGGCGGCGGCAGCUGCCGCCGCGGCGGCGGCGGGCGUCGCGGGUGUCGGAGGCGUCGGUGGCGUCGGCGGUGCUGGACAACUAGGAUACUGGUAUCCGCCCCAAUCUUAUCCUACGACAGCGACACAAAUGCAAGGUGGCUUUCUUCAAGGCAUGCAGGGAUACACAUACGGACAAUUCGCUGGAUAUCAACAGGCGCAAUAUAUGGGAAUGGGAAUGGGUGCUGUCCAUGCUGCUGGCACAGCGGCAGGAUGGGGUCAGGGAUUACCUGGGGGACCACAGUUACCACCACACCACGCCACGACGGUCACGGCACCCCCAGGGGUGCAGGCCGCACCCCCGCCACCACCGCCACCGGCACAAAUGAUGGCCUACCCGAUGCAACAGUUCCAGUGUGUUCUUGGUUGCGGUCCAGCUAGCGGAUGAGGACUGGCUGACGCCUAGCCUUCUAGUGUGAUGGUAAGCAAGUACACCCCAACAGGAACAACUUCUACAGCAACAACAGUUACCACCACCAUCACCACCAUCAUUUCCUCCUCCACUACUACCACCACCUCCAACAACAACAAUAACAACAUUUCCGUCAUCAUCGAUGCACAAUCGACCGCGACAGCAAAAGCAGUAGAGCUCAUGCCACUCCCGGCUUGACGAUGCGCGAGUCGAAGGGUAGUAAUCACGAAAAGCAGAUAACACUUGCUUAGUAAAAACGAAGAAACAAAGUGAGAAAUAAAAAAUAGUGAUUAAGGAUCAUAAUCCUAGGUAAUUUUGCGCAAGAUGCAUCCAAUAUCCCCAUUUCCCCCGUAAGUUUUCACGUCCAGUGUAAGAGAAAAGAACCGCUGUCGAUUACUAAGCGGAGAUACCUCUCGUCCAGUCUGUAGUAUAAUCUAGCAACUUGCUCGGCUUGAAGAAAUAGAUAGCGUUUGCCGUUACAGUAGUAUCCGAAGCUUCGUUACAAAUCCGGCAUACACGCGAAUAAAUCAUUCGUAAUGGUCUGACAAAGUUUUUUUUUUAGCGAAACUGGCCAAUUACGCAUACUAUGUAUCGUCCAGCGAUAAUGAAUAUAUGACAAACACGAGUCCGCACAUGUUCAACGGAAUCGUGGUUUAUCACCAUUUUAACAAAGCGCUUAAAUUCCUUGAUCCUCUCUACGGAAAAAAAAAACAUGAGUGCCGACAGGAUACAGACUCGUUACACGAAUUCAUUAUUUUUGUAGUUUGGGCUUAACAGCGAAAAUAAUAACUUAAAGACAUAAUGUCGAAGGAGGCUCGCGGCCAAAUGCGAUGGCCGGUGUGAGCGACUACGGUGUAUAAAUGAUAAAUACAAAGGUUAAUCGAAGCAUACUCUCGUGAAGAUAUAUAAAUAUAUAAAUAUAUAUAUAUAUAAAUGAAAGAAUAUAUACAUAAAAGAAUAAAGAUGAUUAUAAACAAAAUUCAACAAUUAGCUAGUUAGAUAGGCAUGUUAUAUUAAAAGUUAUUCGAGGUCGAUUCGAUAUUCGGCGGCAAGGAGGAAGUAGAUCUUGCGUAUAUUUAAUAGCGCAGCAUUUUUACGGGGAUGAAAUAAUCUCGGCCCCUUUGUACAACUCGCCCGUCUCAAAAACCACGAGAAUUACUACUGGACCCACGUAUUUUAUCCCAUUUGCCAUUGCGAAAAGAUUUUGUAUCUCGAACAAAUAUAUUUAUUUAUCGGAUUCGUGGCCAAACGAUAAUUCACACAUUGAGAUCUUUACAGGCAAUUUAGCAUCCGUAUUUUAUCAUUCGAAUCUGUCUUUCGGACGUGACGUUUAGACCUGUUGGAUACUUUUAUAAAGCAGACACGCCGUGACAGGCAUCUCGACGAAUUUAGCACAUUCCAAACUGAGAAAGUGGCGAAACGCGCAAAACACCGAUCAGAUCACCGUGGUUUUUAAGUAAAUGUUAGAUUUUUAUAUAAGAUGACUAUGUAGAAUCGAAAGAAAUCGAGAUUUUGACGUUUAAGCAAUAAAACGUUAAGCUUAGGAAGAAAAAAAGCAGCCAUCAAUCCCUCCGUCUCUUUAUAAAUCAAUCUCGCUGCGUAAACGAGAGAAUACACGAAUUCUUAACAACGAAAAAACAAAUACUAAUAGAAUGGACAAGAUAGAUAGAGAGGAGACGGUGCGUGCACGCGUGCAUUUUUAAUUGUUCGGUGAGUAGUAAAAUGAUCACAAUUUCCUCGUUGUCCCGAAUUUCGACUUGACCAAAUUGAUACAAAAGAAAGAGGAGAGACCGAAACUCGUAUAAAUCGUGAACAUGUAAGCAAUUGCAUGAGUGCAAUCGUACAUAUGAGAGAGCGCUAGUGGGGGAGGGAAAGAAAGUGUGAAAGCGAAAAACGAGAAGAAAAAAUGAGAGGGAGAGAAAGGGGGAGCGUGAGAAAAAAGCCGAGCGACGAAUAAAUUGCACAGCACAAGCAAGGGGCGAGGGAAAAGGGGUUAAAUAAUUCGUAGAUAGACAUAUUGCACAAACAGCACGAAAGUUAGACUAGAUGAGUUAAGUUUUUUGUCCACGCGUGCCCUGUCCGCGCGGCAGCCGUUUAGGAUCUUGAUCGUACACAUAAUCUCAUCAUCGACGUGCUCCUCUGCCAUUAAAACUAUCCGCUUGCUGGGAAAGAAUCGGUCAGAAAAGGCGAAACGAAGAAACACGAAUCAACGAGGUGAUAGUACGAGCAGUUUCAAUACUUGAAAAGAUGGGAAGCGGCUGAAACUUAUUGCAACCCGUUUCCGUUAUCUCCGUGCUCGAUCGUUUGUAUCUCCAUCGUCCUGUUUCUUGCUCCUCGUAUCUACUGCCUCUUCUUACCCCUUCGGUUUUAAGUACCACAACUCAUACUCGUCGUAUCGAUAAUAUCUUGUCCUCGCUUUUCCUUCGCAAAGCGUUUAUAUCGAAGGAAUGAGUAGAACCGGAGCGAACUUAUAUAGAAACUAGUGCAAUUAAACUUCAAGCUCUUAAUCGUCAAAGAAUCACAAAAAAUAAUUUUGAUUCGACAUUUCUAUUUUGGAGAUUUUAAAUAUCUUUUUUUUUUAAUUAUGUAUUGUAUAAAAUUCUUACACUUAAUCUUUUUCGCUGCGAGCCUAAACAUAUGUUUAAAACCGUAACAAAACCAUCUAUUUUGCAUAAAAUAUAUUUGAAAUCUGAUAUUCGACAUGAAUCUUCAACAUCAUUAUUCUCUAUAUGUAUAUUGAAAGAGACUGUUCAAAAGCAUCCGCUCUUUGUAAGGUGUGAUGAUUCGUUUGAUGUCUCUUUCAAAUAUCUCUCGUGUGACAUAUUCCGUGGAUAUGUAUGGACAUAAUCCAUAAUUUUGCUCGGAGGAACAGAUAAAGACAAGAAAAAAAGCGAGAGAAAGAGAGAGAAAGAGAGAGAGAUUCCGUUACAUUAAGAGGCAAACAGAGCACAUCGAUGAUGAUUGAAACAAAAACGAGAUAGGACAAGCGAUAGACGACUUUGGUAUUAAUCAAAAGAUAGACGGAUCGUGCUUUAAGCGAAUCAAAAGCGUAUUCAAUGUUUCUCAAUCAAAAAGAUCAAUGAUCAAAGUACGGCACACACGAAUGCUCGAAACGUAGCGAAGGAAGCGGAGAACGGCACAAUCAAAUCUGCCCAACAUCGCAUAAAGUUUAGAUGUUUUGUGAUGAAAGUAGAGAAAGAAAGGGUGAGAAUGAGAAACAGAGAGAGAAAGAGAAGAGGGGGAGGAAGAGAGAGAGCGAGAGAGAGAGAGUGAAUGAGAGAGAAUAUGUAUGUGUAUGUGUGUGUCUGUGUGUCUACCAACGAUCCGUCGCGAUUGUGUCAACCAGAUAAAAGAGUGAUUUUCCCGCGAGAGGAAAGCUCGACAAUAAAAAUCGCCACAUUUCAGUGUUUUCAAUCGCGAUGAAUGAUUCUGAUAUAGUAAUUUAUACAUAACCAAAAUUAAGGGUAAUAGUGUUGCCGCUAUAUUGGCUGCAUUUUUGUCGCCUUGCUCUUGUUUCAUUUGCAGCUUUACGAAGAAAUGUCAAAGAGAAUCGUUAAAUCCGAUUUCCAUUUUGUACGUUUGAGCGAAGAUUAUUCAAAGAUAUAUUUAUGAAAUUUAUUUCUCUAAUUUGUGUUGUUGUUAGUAUACGUAUAUGUUCUUAGAAAUAUAUUUAUUCAUACAUACGUUCAAUUAUCUGCACAUAAUUUUCUUACUGAAUGCAUUUAGCUUAUUCUAAAUUUUAUUAUGUCUUUAGUUUAGUACAAUAUAUGAAGUAUCAUGCACGAUCGCACGUGAUGUAAACGCGACCACGAUUAUUUCUUGCAGUUUUUGCAUGUGAACAUCAAUUUUAUAAUCAUCUUUCGAUUUUUUUUAUAUUCAUCUUUCGAUUCUGUCGUAACCUGUACUUUGAAAGAAAAUUUUGUCUCCUAAUUGAACAUUAUUCUUUCAUUAUUUAUCUUUGUAAUGUAAUGACGUUGUCUGACAAACUAUUACGGGAAUUAAGAUGAUUAUAAAAUUAAAAGUAUCAGAGUGUAAAUAUAUUUACGAUAAAAACGCAGGUUACAAUCGCGAUUUGCAAAACUUUCAUAUUAUUUAAAAUUUUAGCUUAAAACGAAAUCGUCAUGCUAUAUAUAACCGAAUCUCGUUUUCUAAUAGAAAUUGGGUGACUAGCCUCGAGGACACGGCACGAGUAUGCAAAGAGAAAGCAACAAAAUUAUAAAUAAAUAUAUAUACAUACAUAUAAAUAUAAAAAUGCAUAUAUAUAUUAUAUAUAUAAAUAUAUAUAUUUGCGCGCAGCGGCGGCGAGGGCUGUUAUUUUCAAUCGUCGUGCGUAAAACAAAGCACUGUGCGUGAGAAAGUGAGAAAGAGUUAGCUUUUAAGAGACGACAUAAAAAAGAACAUAUAUAAGUAAAAAAAGGGAAAUAUCGUGUACAUUAUUAGUUAGGCAAAAGAAAUAAAAAUAUAGGUUAUUUUUGUGAAAGGUGGAACGAGCGAGGGGAGAGAGGGGGAACAGAGAAAGGUCGUGUGGCAAGAGAGGGACCCAAUGGCAGACUGUAAUACGAAUUAUGCAAUAAGAGCCUGUUAUCGCGUGCGUUUGCAUCUGUCAAUCAACUCCUGUACAGUAAACCGGGAAGCGUUUAAUCGAAAAAAA